GGGAGCAAGACGCCCCGAAAGGUGUCUCUGGGACUCUGCUGAGGGGAACAGGAGGGAAAUGGCACCUGGUGGCCCCUUUGUCCCUGGAGAGGCGACUCUGCCCAUGUCACCUCUCACAGAUGUGCUUCAAGAAGAGCGAACUGUUUUUCUCCGGGUGCUCCAGGCGAUCCCCAGAUCAUGCCACCUGUGGUGGGCAGUGUCCUCUGGGCUCUAUUGCAGCCAAGCCCAGUGACCUCUAGAAGUCCAGUCUUCAGGCCCUGCUGGUUCCAAAGAGUCAGGAAAAUCAGUCCCUCUCCUCUUCCCAGGUAAUGGCUUUGGGGGAGUGUCUCCUGUGCAUUCCCCUGUGUGCUUCUCUCUCUAGCCUCUCUCUGUGCCCAGGGCCCCUCCCCUCCACAGCAUCCAUGACCGGCUUCUGCCCCAAACCACAUUUCUGCACUUCUUACCUUCCUUCAUGUGGUUUCUCCUCUCCCUCUAGUGGUGGAGGGUGUUCUGUGAGUUGUCAGGUCAAUUUCUUGGGAAUUCAGAAUGACUUUAUAGUCCUCUAGUGUUUUCCAGGGCCCAGACAAGCCUAGAGUCCUGGCACUGUGCCGCCAUCUUUGCUCCCCUCUGGCCCCCCAUCUUACUUCUGGUUAAAAACCUCAAGUGAUAAUGAACUCAGUCCCUCUCACAUUUUUACGUAACUCAAAUUCUUAGAGAGGUCUGGUUUGCAUUGUUGCCUCUACUAAAAUGGCACUGAAGAUAGGUGACUAGUAAACGGGGAGUCUACUUUGACCUUUCCUGUAAAAAACAUAACGUAAUACUAUUUCGUAAUUGUUGGAAAUAGGCUAUAUGACAGGAAACAGCAAAAAUGGGAAGCAUGAGAGUGAAACAAAGGCAGGGGUAAUACAGUCGAAAUUAAAUUUCCUUCCAGCUAGCAGCCCACGGAUAGACGCCUGAGACAUGCAGAGUGUGACCUUCCUUGAGGAACUCAUGGCUGCCUUCCUUCAUGUUUUUGUUUUUUUAAAAACUAAAACUAACCUUAUCUUAACUGUGGCUAGCUCCUCAUGGCCCUGAAAACCUUGCUUCCAAAUUCCUUAGAGGCUUACGCUCUCCUUAAUCCCCACUAACUAAAAAAUAUAUAAUCAGCCACUUCUCCCAAUCCCAGGAUAGCUUUCUCUGCCCACAGGUCCUGUCCCCGUGCUUUAAUAAAAUCACCUUUUUGCAUCACAGGUGUCUCAAGAAUUCCUUCUUUGCCCAUUGCUCAUAAACCCCAUUAAGCGGAAACCAUGCUUUUUUAAAAUGAUAGUUCUGUUUCUAUUGACGGUUUACUGAAGUAGAGACUGUCCUGGAAACUAAGAUUCUAAAUGGCUGCUUUGAGCUGCCUUCAAGCAAACAGGCUAACUCCCACUGGGUAAGAUAUCUGCAUUUGGUGUGUAACAGCAUAAACAGAUUAUACAACCCAACAGGGAUAAUACAAGGUAACUGCUAAAGCUCAGGUUUGUACUGAUCCACAGAAUGUCUGCAAACUUCAGCGUUUGAGGUCUCUAGGACUCCUGUCUGACACAGAGUGCAGGAGUAAAGGAGACCCUGAGGCCAGUGGAAACCAUGCGGGGGAGUAUCUAAUGUCACAUGGCCAUCGGCUAUCUUUCUCCUGACACGGUCUCUCUGAGAGUCAGUCAAGCACGUCAACUAGUACCUUGUGGAGUCAAAGCAGAGGCGAAAGGCCCGCAGAGCCAGCACAUCGUCGUAGCUGUGAUCCUCACCAAGCUCUUUUCCGGCUGUGAAAUCCCAGGAAUCGAGCCGUGUCGUUUGCAGCCCUCAGGAAUGAGCGAGGAGGGAAUAACAUACACAGAGCUGAAAUCAGCCCAUUCAAGGCAACAGGACAAAAGACGUCCAAUGGUUAAAAAGAGAGGAUUUCCAUGGCAUAUCGUUGCAUUAACCCUGGGAUUUCUAUGUUUGUUCCUCCUGCUGGGAAUCACAGGCUUAGGAUAUAUGUUUUUUCACAGGUGUUCUGGAGAAAUCGGGCAAGAUAUGAAAGAACCAGAAGACAAGAAUGCUUCCUUAGCAGAGGUUGAAGAUCGCUUAGUUUUACUACCCACUACAGGAUGGAAUGAAGACGAUGACACAUUUCAAGGAAAAUGGUACUGCUGUGGAAAAAGCUGUUACCACUUUUCAAAAGAGGAGGAAACUUGGGAGAGGAGCAUGGUGUCAUGCCAAGAUCUGCAGUCUAGUCUCCUGAAGAUUGAUACUAAAGAGGAACAAGUCUUUAUUCAAUCAAAAAUAAAAUACAAUCAUUGGAUUGGAUUAAUUAAGGUUCAAGAAGGCAGGUAUCCCUGGCAAUGGCUGGAUGGCUCACCCUUAUCUCAGAAGCUGAAUUUCCAACAGAGUUUAUCUCCUGUGAAAUGUGGACACAUGAGACCAUCAACAAUUUAUACCGCUGACUGUAGUAACCAUUUCCGUUACAUUUGUGAAAAGGUGUUCUCUGGCCCUGAUAAUUAAAGAAGUGCUGUGAUCAAAUGUUCACUAUUUUCAUUCUUUAACAGCUGUAAGGAAAAACACAGGGUAUUCGCUCAAAUUAGUCAACUAUGCAUGGCGUAUGAAGGAUUAUGAUCUUUCACACAUCCCUCAGCAUGGAUAAAAGAGUAAGUUUUAGAAAUAGUAAAAUCAUCCAUCCAAAAAUGAAGCUUUUUUUUUUUUGAAACUUCAAGAACCAUUCCAUCAGAGAAUGUGAAAAAAGUUUGAGUGUAAGACUUUACAUUUAAAAUAUAACUAAAUGAUCUUGAUUUAAAUAGGUAGUGAAUACAUUUGCAAUGUUCACAGUGUAAGAGGUCCUAAACGAUGAACACAUCCUCUCAACCCAUCUUGUACUCUAUUCACCUAGUUGCCACCUCAGAGGCACACAUGUAACUGGUUUAUAUAGUAUUCCAGAGGUAUUCUAGUAAAGUACAAGUAUACACAGGCCGUCUGCUAAACAAAAUGUUAUGUGCCACAAACGACAGUAACGAUCCUUUAUGUUUCUGUUGAAAAUGUACCACGCGUGUGUUCCAUAUCAGUACAUAGGAAGCUGCAUUACUUUGUUUAAAUUUCUGCAAAUGUCACACUGAUAAAUGUUUUAUUUCCAAUGGAGGUUUUGGUUUGUUCCAGAAAUUUAGAAUUGUGUGAAUGAAAGCACUUAAUACUGUAUUACUUGCCAUAGAGCGUAUACAUUGGGUAAAUGUCUAGCAGUGUCAUUUCUAUGUCAAAAUCUGUCCACAUGAAAUUUGCAUACACGUUGAAUUUACAAUAGAUGCUCUACAUCUCUAUCUGCAGUCAGCAGCAUUCAAGAAUUCCUGCUUCCUCCCUUGGUUACCACCGCAACGUGUUAUCAGUCUGUUUGAUUUUGCCAAUAAAAUCUUCACCAAUUAAAACAAAA